AUGGAGGAACAACAACUGAAAGAUUUGAAGAUAAAGAAUUAUCUUUAUCAAGCAAUAGAUAGAGAGAUUUUGGACACAAUACUAAAUGAUGAAACGUCCAAGGAUAUAUGGGAGUCUAUGAAGCAAAAAUUUCAAGGCUCUACAAGGGUGAAACGUGCGCAACUGCAGGCCUUACGAAAGGAAUUCGAGACACUCCAAAUGAAGGAAGGAGAAUCGGUGAACUCAUACUUUGGCCGCACUCUAAAGAUAGCCAAAAGUAUGAAAGUAGUGGGAGAAUGUAUGGAAGAGAGUGUCAUCACUGCAAAAAUCUUGCGGUUUAUGACUACGAAAUUCAACUAUGUGGUAUGUUCAAUUGAGGAAUCCAACAACAUGAAUACCAUGACCAUAGACGAAUUACAAAGUAGCCUAUUGGUGCAUGAGCAGCGAAUGACAUGCUUAGUGGAAGAAGAGCAGGUUAUGCAAACAAUAUUUGAUGAGAAGAAUGGAAGAGGAAGAUGA